GCGAGGCGGCGGGCGAGGCGGCGCGAUGACGACGGUCCGUCCGUUCACGUGCGACAACCUCUUCACGUACAACGACGUCAACACCGACGUCUUCACCGAGACGUUCAACCUCAACUUCUACCUCUCGUACCUCUCCAGGUGGCCGGAGUACUUCUCCGUCGCCACCGCCCCCGACGGCGCGAUCGCGGGGUACGUGCUGGGCAAGGCGGAGGGCCGGGGCGGCAACUGGCACGGCCACGUCAGCGCGGUGACCGUGGCGCCGUCGUACCGCCGCAUGGGCCUCGCGUCCAAGCUCAUGGACGAGCUCGAGGGCAUCUCGGAGCGACAUCACGACGCGUACUUUGUCGACCUCUUCGUCCGCGAGAGCAACACAAACGCAAUCGCAAUGUACGAACGGCUCGGGUACGUGAUAUACCGGACGGUGCUGGAUUACUACAGCGGGGAGGAGAACGCGUUCGACAUGAGAAAGCCGCUGCGGAGGGAUACGGAGAGGCGGAGCGUGGAGGGACGGGGGCACGCGAUAAGGCCCCACCAGCUGGGGCCCGACUUCGGCGGCGCCUAGCUAGCUACUAGCGAGCAUCUAAGGUUUAGUCGAAACGAUGGACGUU